CUUUGGCUCUUAAAGACCGUGCCAUGUUGCAAGGCCAUCCUCGACUGAAUCUCCAGAGCCAUCUCGGACGAUUCUCGAUUGGGAGAAACCACAACUGAGGUGCAGUACGUUGGCUGGUGCCGUAGGCUGUAUAUUGCAGUGGAAGCCAGAGCGUUCGCGGUCAGGAUGACGCAGCUGCACCCUAGUUCUGGCUAGGCUCUCUGUGGCCAGUGCCGUGCGGUAUCAACAUCCCAGCUGAUAUCUCGACGCCUGAGGCAGGCACAAUGCAGCACACCUCCAACCACCGCCCCCCUCAGAACAGACGCCCCCAGAUGAUGUAAACCAGCUCGAGUGGGAAACCCCUUCGUCGCUAGUUGGCUGUCCGGACGGCCAUGGAUGUGCUCGCUCUCCCGACCGAGGUCCUCUACCAGGUCUUUGACUUUCUGCGCGAGGAUGGCGACAUCGACUCUAUCCGGGCAUCUCUGCUCGUCUGCCGAGCCUUUCAGGGCGUCGCCGAGCACGCUCUCUACCACACGAUAGCUUUCCGCAAGCGCUCGUCCAUGGAAAAGCUGGCCCAAGCGCUGGAGGCAGACCCGGGGCGCCUGCGAUACAUCCAGGACCUGGAGCUCCAGUGGUCCACCAAGGAAUACAAGCAUGGCGACCUGCAACCCCCAGAUCUCGCAGCCAUGCUCAACCUGCGCCGCCUCUUGUCCGAGAGCCCUGAGUGCCAGCCAUGGGCGAGAAGGCAGGGCCAGUGGAAGCCGGACAUGCAAAACUGUCUUGAUGCAUUCGAGAAGGCAUCUUUAAGAAGCACAGUGGCGGCUCCGCGACCACUGGAGCACCUCCUCUCAUUAACGUUACACUGGUCGGGUGAGGAUGAGCGCUUCUGGUUUAUCAAACCCAGUUGUCCAAUCUUUCUGCACCCUACACUUCGAGAUAUCAAGUUGUCCUGCGUGGGCAUCGUGCGCCAUGAGGCAGACGAUGCCGAAUGGGAGGCCGGCCUAGAUGAAUUCCGACACAAGACGGCCCUCGAGUCUUUGCAUUUCGAGGAGAGUCUAGUCUCUGCACAAGCGCUCAUGCAGAUCUUGUCGCUGCCCCGGGCUCUCAAGCACUUUGCGUUUGAAGAAGUCUCACAUCAUAGGCCAGGUGUCGCGCGAUUCCUCGACCACCUGAUCGGACAUGAUGUCGACACCUUGAAUGCAGCCUUCGCACAGCAGGCGCAGUCCCUCACAUGUCUGCGAAUCAAGAGCUCGAGCUACCUGCGACAGACUCACUCAUCAACUGCAGACAUCACUUUGUCCUUGGGAGAUUUCAGGGAUCUCACGCGGCUCGAGCUUGGCGACUUCCCCGCCGCACGCCGCAGCCAGCCGUGGAUGCUUGCGUAUCCAUUGCCACCAAAUCUGAAGCAGCUGCGCAUCACGGGCUUUGGGCCCGACAAUUCUGAGCUCGUCAACAAGAUCUUGACCUCGCUGCUGAAGGUGGACCAGCUCAUCAAGAACGCCCAGGCGCGUGACGAGACAUUUCAUCUUGACAUCUGGCUGCCCAAGAUACCAUACUGGGAUCCCAUGCCAAUGGACGCCAACUUUGCCCGUCUCGGCCCCAUCAUUGUCGCACUCGACGGCACCAUCAUUGCCCGAGACAGGCAUGAGUCGGACUCUGAUGCGGCUAUAUUGCCACCGCCCGAGUCCGGCCCAGAUAGCAAUAGAGACGAUGCUGCAAAGACUGCACAACCACAACCUCACGUGAGCAUCAUGUCGGUCAAGCUCAGAGGGAAUUAUAUUCCACCCUAUCUGCACGGCGAAAGGAGACCAGAUGUCGCGUCGCUUUUUGACUCGCGCAGCGGGUGGCUCAGCACGGGGCUCAUCCACUCGAUGGAACGCGAGCAGCAUGGGUACUUGGUGGACGACGACGACGACAGCUCGAGCUCGUUCCAUCUGACGGACGAUGAGGUGAACAAUGAUGUUGAGACUGCAAACGCGGAUGACGACGACGACGACGACGAUGAUGAAAACACGGCUGAGAAUCAACAGCACCGCGCCGUGGUUAACGGGUUUGAGUGGGAGACUGCUUCGGAGUAAGCUGCACGGAUGGGCAUUUGUGUUGCUCUCUGGACUAUGGGCGUUGAGCCUUGGCGAAUGCAAUGUAAUUUCCACAGACAACAAAUAAAGAACAGUCUGGUGUCAAGUUUACCGGUGGAAACUCCUUCCUCUUCUCCUGCCUCAUGCUUGCCGCCACGUCUCAGACCUAUUACCUCUCACUUCCCACCACACACAGUAUAUCCUAGCAAGAAACAGACGUUCCAGUUGACCAAAACAAUCAAGUGCUGCAUCAACGGGACAUCAGAAGACAGAAAUACGGACCCGAAAUCACAAAAAGAAAGGAAAGAGUUGAGGAUACACGAGACGCAAAAAGCAAAAGAUAAAUAGCACGAUCUCGCUGGGGAUCGAACCCAGAAUCUUCAGAGGAAGGGACUUCAGUGGACCGAAAUCUGACGCCUUGCCAUUAGGCCACAAGACCGGAUUGUGAUAAGAGCGGGCUUAUUGAAAUAUA